CCAUGGUGGUUGGGUCAUGUCUGAUGGAGGAGAAGUCAUCCUUGGCUUUGGGGAAGCAAGUAUAUUUAGAGCUGGUUCCAUGCUGAGUAGUGCUCCUAGCAUCACUAUCUGUCAAGCCCAUAACCCAUUUGUUUCUACCAUUUUUACCCCUCACCUGCCAAUCUCCUUUGGGCCAUGUGACAGCUGCUGAGUAUCUGUUGGUUUAAUGUCGGUGUGUGUGUGUGUCUCUCUCACACCUUUCCAGGCAACUUUUGCGAGAGCAAAGCCAUGGUUGAGGGAAUUAGAGAAGGAAUUUCUUCCCGAUGAGCUCGUGAUUGUUUUAGUCGGCAAUAAGAUAGAUCUUGCUGCUCAGCGGGAAUUCAUCUUUGAGGAGGCGGAGGAGUUUGCAAAGAGUGAAAGCUUAACCUACAUGGAAACGUCGGCAAAAUCCAACCACCAAGUGACCGAGGUGCUUAUGGCCAUAGGUCAGUUCCAAGUGAGAAGCCGCUGGACAGCUCCCGAGUUAUUGAAAUAGGAACAACAGAAGGAACCAGCCCCUCAGC